UGGUUGUAAACCAGCUCUGAUUUUAUAUGACUUCCCUUCUAUGUUUUUGUUCGCUUAAAAGAUGGCUUCUAAGAUUUCGGCAUCUGUAGUUGCUGUCCCAUGUAGCGUUGUUUGAAGGCAGAAAAUAGAUAUUGCUUCGGGGGGAGGUUAUGCGAAACUUGGGGAACCCAGAAAACAUCGAAUUUGUGUUUCCUUACCUUUCUGAACGGCUGAAGGUGCAAUUAAACAAGUAGUUUUGGCUUAGUUACCGCUUUGUAUUAUUGUUCCAACUUUCGAAGAAGGUAAAGAAUGUAUAUGCUCGGGGUUGGUUUUUAUUUAGACCAAAUCUCAAAAAUAUUUCCCUCUGGUAUCGAUCCAUUGAUCUUGGUGGUCUCAGUAGCGAUGCGCUCACCACUAGACUAUCCUGACUUAAAGCUUGCAGUGAAACGCUCAUGAAUAGACAGACUAUCCUGACUUAAAGCUUGCAGUGAAACGCUCAUGAAUAGACUAACCCUGAUACGAGCUCUGCCCUUACACGAACAGUCUUGUUUGUUUAAAUACUAGCUUAAAGCUGGAAAUGGUUUUCUCGUCAUGUUUUCCUCAAACUGAAUUUUAUUUGAGACAAACAUUUGAACAAUUUGGUAGAUGUAGUUUUCGAUAUUUUUCGAAGGGUUUUUUUACUAGUGGAUUUUGUCUCGUUUUUUUUCGGCCCGCUUCGCCGCUGAGUUUACGAAGACUUUAAAAUGCUACUAACUUUCUAUAGCUGUUGUAGGUUGAAUGUCAAAAGUAGCCCUUAAGCUCAAAUCUCUGCUAAAUUUGAAAACAUGCGACCUUUUCACUGCUGAUCAAAUAAAAGAUAUUUGACUUCGUAAUGUGACUAUCUAUCCUGUAACGCGCAGAACAAUCACAAAGAAAAAUGAGGAUACUGAUUUAGAGAGAAUGUCAGAUCGUGAAGAAUCCCCAAUAACUGCAGAAGAGUCUUCUGAUGGAGCAUUAAAAGAAGCUGCACAAUGCUAUUGCAAAGGUCCACGAGAGCUCGGCACAAUUGAGCUGCAGUGUAUGUCAUGUCUCAAGUGGCAUCACUUGAAAUGUCUGAACAUAACAGAGAGUGACACAGGGCCCACCAUACCCUUCAUGAACUCAUAUGCUUUCCACUGUAAAGUAUGCAGUCCCACAAAGUGCGAAGGUUUUCUGAAGAAACCUGCAACAUUUGUGCAAAUGCUGCAGAGUACUUUCGCGAACCUGUUACACUUCCAACAGGACAAAGAAAACGACAAAACAUCAGAGAAAGAUAAGGAUAAGGACUCUAAAAGUGACGUGCCUGUGUUUUCCAAAGACAAGGAAAUCAUCCCAUUUAUCGAGAAAAAUUGGGAGGCACUAACAUUGGCGUCUAGAAAAACGAAAAGCACGUGGCAUGCCACUGUGACAAAAACACUCGGCCAGAAUCCUACAAUAUUUUAUUCUCAUUUGUCUGUAGAUGGCACUCGCACCAUGUAUGGAAUGCUGGACACAGAUGUGUGCAAUGUAUGUCCGAAUUACGAGGCGGCCAAACAGCAGGGGGCUUCUUCGGGAAGCGGAAACAACGCUAAUACUAAACAGUCUAAAAAUUUGAAGCGCAAAGCUGGAUCAGUGGGACUCGGAGGCAAUAAUGGUGGCUCAGGUGCUGCUAAUGGAGGAAGUUCCGACAGUAAGAGGAGUCGGACAGACGCGAAUAGUACAGGGAUGAAAAUUCAGUUGCCUUUCCAUGGUCACCCGGCAGACCACCCAUUCAACAAGGACGAGUGGUGUUAUGAGUUUGCAGAGAAAGAUCCCUACGCGGAGAAAGAGGACGACGACGAAUACGAUGCCUCUAAACUGAUCCCACCAUACUCCUACAGGAAAGCCAUGUCAUCAAUGGUGUACCUAUCUAUGAGUGACAGGGCUCCUCAGUUGAAAUUGGCUAACAACCGGCUUACUGUCAGUGGAGAGAAAGGAUACUGUCUCAUUAAGGCGUCCCAUUCUAUGUACAAAGAUUGCUAUUACUUCGAGGCCACAAUUGACGCCAUGCCAGACAAUUCCGCCUGUAGGAUCGGCUGGGCACAACAGUUUGCGAACAACCAAGCCCCUCUCGGCUACGACUCAUUCGGUUACUCGUACAGAAGCAGAAAGGGAACCAGAUUUCACAAGAGUUUGGGAAAUAGUUACGGCCAAGGAUAUACACAAGGAGAUACAGUUGGAGCCAUGAUCCAGCUCCCCGCUAGUCAGUUGUUUCUACCUGAAUGCUUUAAAGACAAACCUCUGAUCAAAUUCAAAAAUUUUCUCUAUUACGAGCGGAAGCGAGAUUCGAAGCAACAGGAAUCACAGCUGAAAGUUCAGCCGAGCAGUAAAAUCAGUUUUUUCAAGAACGGACAGUUUCAAGGAGUGGCAUUCAGCGAUAUCUACAGUGGAAAUUAUUAUCCAGCUGUGUCUCUGUUUAAAAACUGUACCGUGACUUUCAAUUUUGGCCCUUCCUUUACCUGCAUGCCCUCACCCGAAACAUCCAACUACUUGCCCUUCAGUGAGCGAGCUAUUUCAGAAAUGAACGAGCAGCAAAUAAGCGAUCUGUUGUACCUCAUCGAAAACGACCGCGUUGCUGUUCAAAUAAAUGACUGAUCUAUUUUAAAAUUUCCUUCAUUCGAUCAGUACUCCAUUUUUGAUCCGGCAAAACAUUCAAAUAUUAAUGAGUCUA